ACAAAACUCCUGCACUUUUGACUCUCCACAUUUCCGUUUCUGAGCGAAUGCAAUGGCACAUCUCGCGGAGACUUACGCAUGCGUUCCCUCCACGGAGCGCGGCCGUGGAAUUCUCAUCUCCGGCAACCCCAAAACCAACUCCAUUCUCUACUGCAACGGGAGAUCCGUUCUAAUCCGACACCUCGACAGGCCACUCGACGUUACCGUAUACGGGGAGCACGGUUACCCUGUCACCGUCGCUCGUUACUCCCCAAACGGGGAGUGGAUCGCCUCUGCUGACUCGUCCGGCAUUGUCCGCAUCUGGGGGACGCACAACGAAUUCGUCUUGAAGAAUGAAUUUAAAGUCCUUACGGGUAGGAUCGAUGACCUCCAGUGGUCACCCGAUAUGAUGAGGAUCGUCGCUUCCGGCGAUGGCAAAGGAAAGUCAUUUGUUCGCUGUUUCAUGUGGGAUUCAGGAAGUACUGUGGGGGAUUUUGAUGGGCACUCGCGGCGGGUGUUGAGUUGCGAUUUUAAACCAACAAGACCGUUUCGUAUUGCAACGUGUGGAGAGGAUUUCCUGGUGAAUUUUUAUGAAGGCCCUCCAUUUAAGUUCAAGUUAUCUCAGAGGGAGCAUUCAAAUUUCGUUAAUUGCAUCAGAUUUUCCCCAGAUGGGAGCAAAUUUAUAACUGUAAGCUCAGAUAAGAAGGGAAUAUUGUAUGAUGGGAAGACAGGUGAGAAAAUGGGAGAGUUGUCCUCUGAAAAUGGUCAUACAGGCAGCAUUUAUGCUGUUAGCUGGAGUCCUGAUAGCAAACAGGUUCUAACAGUGUCUGCUGACAAGUCUGCAAAGGUAUGGGAUAUAUUUGAUGAUGGAAGUGGAACUGUGAAUAAAACCUUGGAAUGUUCCGGGACGGGUGGAGUGGAAGACAUGCUUGUUGGAUGUCUGUGGCUGAAUGAUCAUCUCGUUAUUGUUUCUCUUGGUGGCACAAUCCACUUAUUUUCUGCAAGCGAUCUUGAUAAAACCCCAUUAUCUUUCUCCGGGCAUUUGAAGAAUGUGACAACAUUAACUGUACUCAAUAGCAACCCAAGAACAAUGCUGACCGGUAGCUAUGAUGGAACCAUUAUUAGAUGGAUUCAAGGCAUUGGAUACAGUGGUAAAUUAACGAGGAACGAUCUUUCUCAAAUUAAAUGUUUAGCAGCUUUGGAAGGGGAGAUAAUUCAAUCUGGAUUUGACAACAAGGUGUGGAGAAUUCCUCUGAAUGGGACUGAAUGCGGGGAUCCAGGACAGGUUGAUAUUGGCAGUCAGCCGAAGGACUUGAGCCAUGCCAUUGAUACCCCUGAAUUAGCUUUGGUUUCAAUUGAUUCAGGAGUUGUCUUGCUUAAGGGGCUGCAAAUUGUGUCAAACAUCAAUCUUGGAUUUAUUGCGACAGCAUCAGCUAUCGCCCCUGAUGGAAGUGAAGUCAUUGUGGGUGGACAGGAUGGUAAGCUGCACAUAUACUCUGUAUCAGGUGAUUCACUCAAAGAAGAAGCAGUUCUUGAGAAACAUAGAGGUGCAAUUAGUGUCGUACGAUAUUCUCCAGAUGUCUCUAUGUUCGCUUCGGCUGAUCUCAAUCGUGAAGCUGUUGUCUGGGAUCGUGUCUCCAGAGAGGUAAAGCUUAAUAACAUGUUAUAUCAUACUGCUCGCAUAAACUGUCUUGCUUGGUCCCCUGAUAGCUCUAUGGUGGCCACUGGUUCACUAGACACAGCUGUCGUCAUAUAUGAAAUUGGGAAGCCUCCUUCAAGUCGCAUAACAAUAAACAACGCUCACCCCGGUGGAGUUUAUGGUGUGGCUUUUGCUGAUGAAUGCAGUCUGGUCAGUUCAGGAGAAGAUGCUUGUAUCCGUCUGUGGAAGAUAGCACCUCAAUAAGAGAAGGACCGUGUUGAAAAUUGCAUAACGCAAUGCAGGACACUACAACAACCAUUUCCAGGGUGGUGUCAAAGGAAAUGAAAGCAAAACUACUAGUAAGCAGUUGCAACUUGUUGGGGAAUUUUACUUCUGAGCUUUGUUUUGAAGUGUGUUGUUUCUGCUUGUUUAGUUAAAUGCAGUUUCCUAUCACAUUUCAGAAGGAAGUGUUUAUGUCAGUUACACAGUUGUGAAGGGUGAUUUCUAGUCAGAUUACCUUACAAUGUUCAGGUUAAACAGGUCCCUUAGCUUUGGUAUGGAUUCUCAAUUUGGUCCUUAAACUAAAUAUUUCUAUUUUAG